AAUUGUAAAAUGUGAAACACUUGUGCAAUUGGCGUUCACCAAUUUUGCCAUUUUGGUUUGGGUCAUUUAGUAGGUGCCAUUUUUAUUGCUCCCUUCCUUGUAGCUUCGGCCUCCCUUUUACCUUGUUGCAUUUAAUCUUAAAUCAAGAGAGCCGCGAGAGCAGAGAGACUAGCAAUAUCAAUGGCAUCAUCAUCAACAUCAUCGAGUGCAUCAACACCUCCAUACCCCAGCGCUGCUAGAAUCUCUGAUUCUCAAUGUUAUCAGCAGUACACUGCCUCUCUCAAAUGUCUAGAAAAAAAUCACUCAGACAAGAGUAAAUGUCAAAAACAGUUUGAUAAUUAUAAAGAAUGCAAGAAAAAGGAGAGAGAAGUUCGAUUGGAGCGAAACAAGAGUAGGUCUCUAUUCUCUUGAUUUCCUUUCAUGAUCUUUUUUACUCUUAUCAUAAGGUGCAAAAGUUAAAUUUGACCUCAUCCGGAUUGGUAUUAGAUACCCAGGCAAAUACAGCCGGUUCUGUGUUUAACUCGUCCAAGUUUUAUUGUGCCAUUUGUAGAAGGACAAUGAAUAAUUUUGUUAUAUUGUGCGCAAACAAUGUUAGACUUGGAUUUUUCUCCAAGUCUGGAAUGUUGAUG